GACGUUAUAGCAAAGCUACAGAUAUUUAAAACUACCAUGCGAAAAUAACAUAAUGUAUGCAAUUGUGCAAUAGCCACAAGUUAUAGUAUUAUUAUUAUUAUUUAUUUAUGUGACAGACGCCUUUAUCCAUAUUAAAAUAAAGCAGUUUAUUUUCUGAAAGUUAUUCUGGGAUUCGUUUAUUUGUUACAGAUUGUAAAACAAUAACUUGUUAAAGUGACCUGCCCUGACCUGACCUGGUUAGAGAUGUCAACACUCAGAAUGUGGAAAAGCUGACAUAAAGCAGAUUGCAUCACCAGACAGUGCCCUGUUAAGUGUAGAAAAUGCCAGCAGUGAGACGUGAUAAAGAUAAUUCAGGGUCUUCCUCGGAAGAAGAGGACCCAGAGGAUCACCCUUGUAUAGCGUGGAGUGGAAUCAGCAAGAGAAUCCCAGUCUUACUUUUCCAAGCGGAAGCAAUUGUAACUAAAGAUGUCAAUGUCCGGUCCAUCGGAGAGCGGUAUCAUUUGGCCUACAAGAUUGUCCGAACUGAGAGCCGUUUGGUUCGCAGUAUUUUAACAGUUCAUGGAUUUCAUGAGGUGCAUCCAAAUAGUAAUGAUUUCAAUCUGAUGUGGACCGGAUCUCAUCUCAAGCCCUACCUUCUACGCAACCUUCAAGAGUUUCAGAAAGUCAACCAUUUUCCCAGGUCGUAUGAGCUGACAAGGAAAGACAGACUUUUUAAAAACAUCCAGCGAAUGCAGCAAUUAAAUGGAUUUAAAAACUUCCACAUUGUCCCACAAACCUUUCUGCUUCCCGUUGAGUAUCAGGAGUUCUGCAGUGCAUACUCAAAAGAUAAGGGACCAUGGAUUAUAAAGCCUGUGGCUUCUUCCAGAGGACGUGGGAUUUACCUUGUCAGCAACCCAAACCAGAUUCCCUUGGAUGAGAAUAUUCUUGUAUCGCGGUAUAUCAGCAACCCUUUAUUAAUUGAUGAUUUUAAGUUUGAUGUGCGGUUGUAUGUGUUGGUAACCUCUUAUGACCCUCUUACCAUUUACCUCUAUGAAGAAGGACUGACACGGUUUGCUACAGUAAAAUAUGAUCGAGCUACAAAGAACAUUAAGAACCAGUUUAUGCAUCUGACUAACUACAGUGUCAACAAAAAGAGCAGUGACUAUGUCAGCUGCGAUGACCCGGAAGUGGAGGACUAUGGGAACAAAUGGAGCAUGAGUGCUAUGCUGAGGUACUUGAAGCAAGAAGGGAAGGACACAACAUCGCUAAUGGCCAAGGUGGAAGAUCUCGUGAUCAAGACAGUAAUUGGUGCUGAACUUCAGAUUGCAACAUCCUGUAAAAUGUUCAUGCCUCACAAGGGGAACUGCUUUGAAUUGUAUGGGUUUGAUGUUCUUAUUGACUCCAAUCUCAAACCUUGGCUCUUGGAGGUGAACCUCUCCCCAUCCUUGGCAUGUGAUGCUCCUCUGGAUCUGAAGAUAAAGGCCAGUGUGAUUUCAGACAUGUUUACUUUAGUGGGCUUUGUUUGUCAAGACCCAUUGCAAAGACAGAGCAGACAAGGAAGAAUACACUUUGAUCCGAGUUCAAGGUAUCAAGCCUUGAAAGCCCAGCGUCAGCGUCCUUUGUCAGCCAAUGAUGCAGAUAACAAUGAGCUGAAGGAGAAACUGACUGGAAAACAAGGGGGAAGCACUCUUGGACUGACUACAGAGGAGCUCAAGGUUCUACGACGUGUAAAGGAGGAACAUGAGAGACGAGGGGGGUUUAUCCGAAUAUUCCCAACUGCAGAAACCUGGGAGCUCUAUGGAGGUUAUCUGGAGCAUAAAACAUCGAUGAACUACAUGUUGGCCACAAGACUGUUUCCAGAAAAAUCUGUAAGACCAGUAGCAUCAACAAAGACACGGAAUGCUUUGAAUGGACAAGUUGCGCUGGGAAUGAGUUUGUUUCAUGUGGAAACUGAACAGCAUGUGGUACAGUAUGAACGGAAACUCAUGUCACUUGAAGCACGUAAGAAGAGAAGACAUCGCAUUGCAUUCAGGUCAAGACUUGGAAAAAAAUCAGGAAGUACUAAAGGGACCAGAGUCCCUAAACAGGAGAGUACUGAGAGUGAGGAAGAAGAUGGCUCAGAGGAGGAGGAGGAAGAGGAGGAAGUGGUGGAAGUGGAAACCGAGGGUACUAAGCAACAACUCAAAGACCAUAAAGAAAAACGGGCACAACCACCUGCAUCUAAUGACUUGGCUUCCAAGGAGACCACUCCAAUAAACACUGAGCAAAAAACUAAAGGCAAGACAUCGAAACAUGAACAUCCAAGCAAGACAAAAAUUAACCUCCUACAGAUUCUUCAGCAAGGGCAGAAUCUCAGUAAGGUGCAAGCUCGUAUGGCAUUUUCAUCAUACCUCUACCGAGUUCAGAAACGACUUAUUACAGAAUGUAGUGCGCAAGGUGACAGUUCAGCUGCGGCAGAAAGAGAAGAUGAACAAAUGGAGUUGGUGAUUCGUUUCCUUAAGCGAGCAGCCAGUAAUCUCCAGCAGGCUCUGCAAAUGGUAUUGCCAAGCCGACGGCUCCCCCUCUCUGAUAGACGAUGCAUCCUCUCUCACCAGCUCGGAGAGUUUAUCCACUUCUACAACAAGGAGACUGAGCAGAUGGUGAAGAAAAUAGAAAAACUAAAGGAGAAUGAACAAUGUGUGAACCCUGACCUAUUCCAGGACUUUGUCACUGAAGCCAGUGAGAGUGAUCUAGAAGAAGUUUUAACCUACUACACGCACAAAAACAAAUCUGCUAGUGUUUUCUUGGGGACGGGAUGCAAAAGUACCAAACCUGGCACCAGUGAAGGCUCUGGAGAGCAUGUUAAUGAUCAGAGCCAGAAGGCUGUAACAGUGUCAAAGGAGGAGGAAUCGAGUGCCUCAGAAUCUUCUGCACCUGUUCCUGCCCAUAAUUCUUCACAGCCGAAGAGCUCUGCCUUGCAUCAUUGCAGAUCAGAGGCCUUAGACUGCAGCCAGAUUCAUAUCCAGCCUCCUCCUCCUCCUCCAUCAGUGCCUCUGUCUACCCAGGCUGUACACGCUGCACCAGCAGCAUUCCUCAGCUGCAACCCUUCUCUGCUGUCCUCCAGAACUUCGUCAGCCACUGUUAUAGCCCACCAUGGCCCAAACAAGGAGGUUCUACCUCGCUGCAGGUCGAGCAGUUACUGUACUCAAGAGAAAGUUUCUUCUUUACCAAGCGCAAUGCAGAUUUACAGCCAAAAACUCUCCCGGUCAACCUCGGCAAGGCAUGUUUCUUUACAGAGCAGUCCCGGAAAGUCUCAACCUGGCUCCGCUGGGGUGUAUAAGGAUGGAGAUAACCUUUCCUCCCAGUGUGACACCAACCAAGAAGCCAUUGCAGCAGCGCUUCAGAGACUGGCAGAGAAACAGGCUGCCAGACAGUACUCUGCAUCCAGUCACAUCAGUCUCCUGACACAGCAUUUGAGCAAUCUUAACCUGGCAAAUGGAGCUGUAAACCAAGGAUUUAAUCCUGCAUGUCGGCCAACUAGUGUAGCAACUGGGCCUCCAAGAGCCAUACAUUCAGAUGCUAGAUUGACCAACGGUCUAAAGGCCCUAAAAGUAGAUGCAUGGGAAGGAGAAGUGGAAAACGCAUAUAACAUGGUCACCGGAGUAACACCUCAGCACAGGUACCAACCCACUGCUGGGAGCUACCAGCUUCAGUUCGCAAUACAGCAGCUUCAGCAACAGAAACUACAGUCGAGGCAACUUCUGGACCACAGCAAGGCAAGGCACAGGGCCAUCCUUGCAGAGCAGCCUCCAUCGGCUCCCCCUACUGUCCCAUUGUCAGUACCAGUCAGCUCUUCCAGCCAACGACCUGUGACCAACAGGACUAGUCCCCAGCUUUCAGCUAAUCCUCUGAGACCAAAGUCAUUCCAAAACACCAGCCUCCUCGCACCAAAACCACCCCCAACCAGCAACAGACAAGGUGUAAUGAGAAAAGUAGCAACCCAGCGUAUAAACAAAGUGAUUUCUUCAGAGGGAAAUGCAAGCAAUGCACACAACGUGCUCUAUGAGCAGGUCUCGGGAAACUCAGGUCUGUCUGUUUAUAACCGUAUGAUUCAGAAUCAGUCGCUGAAGAACAGGUGAAGGAUCUAUCCAUGUGCUUGCUCUGUCCCAACACAUCAUAUUUGUAGAAAGACUGAAGGACAUCCAACAAGGACUAUACGUAUCUCUCUAAUCAGUCAGGAACCGUCAAUCUCUGGUAAUGAGAUAGAUCAGAACGAUAUCACAUGUGGUGCUGGAACCAUUGACUGGGUAUGUUAUGCAGUAAUCAACAAAGGGAGGAAACUGAUUUACUUUUAAGUCCCUAAUGAUGCAUUAUGAACCAGGCCAAGCUGAGUUUAUAAACUGUCACAAGGGAGUAAAAUAAUCAGCCCAAUAGUAUAAUUAAAAUAUAUAUAUGGCUCUUUGAGCUAAUAUA